AAUGGCCUUGGAGGCUGCUGGCAGCCAUCUUGUGACCAUGAGGCAAGUCAGCGCGGGCCGAAGCCGACGACGCGAAGACAAUGAGGAGAGGGAGAAAGAGCCGAUCUUUGGCAUCUAAGCCGGGCGCAUUGGCCCAGGCCUGUAAUCCCAGCACUUUGGGAGGCCGAGGCGGGCGGAUCACUUAAGCUCAGGAGUUCGAAACCAGCCUGGCCAAGAUGGUGAAACCCCAUCUCUACUAAAAAUACAAAAGAUUAGCCGGCUGUGAUGACGCGCACCUGUAAUCUCAGCUACUCGGGAGGCUGAGGCAUGAGAAUCGCUUGCACCCAGGAGGUGGAGGCUGCAGUGAGCCGAGAUCACGCCAGGGCACUCCGGCCUGGGCGACAGAGUGAGACUUCGUCUCAAGAAAAACCAAAAAUCCAAAAGAACUACAGGCAUCGGCUGUGUCCCCACUAGGAAGCCGGAGGGGAGCAGGGCUGGGUGUGUCUUCUCUGGCUGCGUCCCUGUGGCCACAAGGCCUGUUCUUCCUCUGUGCCCCGCCUGCCAAGGACCCAGCCUUGUGAAGGAUGGAUGAACGAAUCAUUGAGCAAAUGAAUGAGUGUGUGAACAGGGAGAGUCUGCAGCAGGGAGACCCCGGCAGCUUCGAGUAUGGAGGGGAGACUCUGGCCGCCUGAGCUCUAUUUUCCAGGGACAACUCCAGACCCAUGAUCCCGGAAGCUCGGGGCCUGCCUUUAUCCCAGCACCCAACCCCGAGAGCCCCCAGUGACGGAACUGGUGCAGCGGCCACCACUGCCCGGACCCGGGAGCAACACCGAGGCCACACCUGGCGGCAGGAACAGGGCAGUGAUGGGCUGUCUGCAAGGGGUCCCCCCUUCUGCAGCAGGUCUCUUGGCUGCAGCUCAGCCCCAGCCCCUGCGGUCCCCAGAGUCCCAGUCACUGGGGGCUCUGCAGGCCACCCUUCCAGGGGCAUCCACCCACCCCCGAGUCCGGGUCAGGCAGAACCCAGGGCCCGCCGUCCCCUCCUGCAGGCUCAGGACCUCCUGGGGGGAGUUCCCUGUGUGAUGCAGAGGGCACGCUGACCCUGCUGGGAAGGCUCACUGCUUCCCAAGGGGUCUGAGCUUUACUGGCACCUCACUGCAGUCCCUUCCCCGGGGAGACUCUGGGGCUUCCCCUGUGGGACCAGGCACCCGGAAAGGCAGCUCUGUCCCUGCUGAGUCACACGCGCCAUCCUGCAGACGGGAGGGCAUCUUCCUAGCCUUUCCUCCAGCCAAGAGUGGAGCUGGGACCUGGGAACCUCCCUGGAUCCACCCCUGCUCUCCGGCAAGGCGUUCCACCAGCCUGUGUCUACACACGUAGCCCCGCAGAGCAGGCUUCGUGAUGCCUGGAGACACCUACUUCCCCUUCCUUCUCCUGGGACUUCUCAGUCACACGGGCUGAGCUGCAGAGGAGCUGGCUGCCAGGUGCUGAGCCGCCCCAAGAAAAAGCCCUCGUGGCAAGAAACUGAGGCCUCCAGCCAGCAGUCAGGGACCCGAGGCCUGAGACGGUGGAGGGUGAGCUUGCAAAGGGACCCCACAGUCAGGCCUUGAGAGGCCCACGGGCCUGGCCCACACCUCGGCUGCAGCCUUGUGAAGGUCCCUGAGCAGGGGACCCAGACUUCUGUCCUACAGAAACUUGGAGAUAAUAAAUGCCUGCUCUUCUACGGC